CCAUCGGCUCUCAACAAGCCACUUGCCACUGACUGAAACUUCAAGAAGCUCAGUCACACAGAUUCCCCUGUCCGCCUGCCGAAGGAUGCUGGAGCUCGGACCGAGAUGGCUGAGGCUGAUCUGCUUGUCGGUUGUGUGCCUGUUUCUCUGUCUGCCAAAGGAAUCAAAUGCCAGGAGAGCCCCCAAGAUACCCCGCUGUCCUGCGACUUGCUCCUGCACCAAAGACAGCGCCUUCUGUGUGGAUACCAAGGCUAUACCAAAGAGCUUCCCCCCUGGAAUCAUCUCUCUGACGAUGGUGAAUGCAGCCUUUACAACAAUCCCAGAGGGAGCUUUCUCACACCUUCACCUGCUGCAGUUCCUGCUCUUGAACUCCAACACAUUCACCACAAUUGCUGACGAUGCCUUUGCUGGUCUUUCCAACCUACAGUACCUGUUCAUUGAAAAUAAUGACAUCCAGACUCUCUCAAAGUAUACCUUCAGAGGACUCAAAUCCCUGACUCAUCUAUCUCUCUCAAACAACAACCUGCAGCAGAUGCCUAGAGAUCUCUUCAAACAUCUAGACAUCCUCACAGAUUUAGACCUCCGAGGGAACUCUUUCCACUGUGACUGUAAAAUCAAGUGGCUAGUGGACUGGAUGGAAAAGACAAACACUUCUGUUCCUGCCAUCUACUGCGCCAGCCCCUUUGAAUUCCAGGGACGCAGAAUCCAUGAUCUCGCACCACGAGAUUUCAACUGCAUCAGCGCAGAUUUCGCUGUUUAUGAAACCUUCCCCUUCCACUCUGUGUCAGUGGAGUCUUAUGAGUUUAAUGGAGAUCAGUUUGUGGCCUUUGCUCAGCCUGAUUCAGGUUUCUGCACUCUGUACGUAUGGGAUCAUGUGGAGAUGGUCUUCAGGAGGUUUCAUAACAUUACCUCUCGUUCUGCUGUGUACUGCAAACCAGUGGUGAUAAACAACACACUUUACAUGGUUGUGGCUCAACUUUUCGGUGGAUCUCAUAUAUACAAGUGGGAAGAGGACCCACAGCGCUUUGUAAAGAUCCAAGACAUUGACACCACUCGGGUAAGGAAGCCCAACUUUGUGGAGACCUUCCAGCUGGAUGGAGAAUGGUACUUUGUAGUAGCAGACAGUUCCAAGGCCGGCUCAACCAGCAUUUAUCGAUGGAACAGCAAUGGUUUUUACUCCCAUCAAUCUCUCCAUCCCUGGCAUCGGGACACCCAUGUGGAGUUCCUUGACGUUGGGGGAAAGCCUCACCUCAUCCUCUCCAGCGCCUCUCAGCCACCAGUGGUUUACCAGUGGAACCGAAGCCAGAAGCAGUUUGCUUUCUACUCCCAAAUCACUGAGUUAGCCGACGUACAGAUGGUUAAGCACUUUUGGGUGAGGAAAGUUCUUUACCUUUGCCUCACACGCUUCAUUGGCGACUCCAAGAUCCUCCGCUGGGAAGGGCAGCGUUUCGUGGAGAUCCAGACUCUUCCCUCUCGGGGCUCAAUGGCAGUGUAUCCCUUCACGGUGGGCCUCCGCCAGUACCUCCUCCUUGGAAGUGAUUUCUCCUUCUCCAGGGUUUACUUGUGGGAUGAUCUCACUCAGCGCUUUCAGCCCUUCCAGGAGCUCAACAUGAGAGCCCCGCGGGCGUUCAGCUUGGUAUCUGUUGACAACAAGGACAUCCUGUUGGCUGCCAGCUUCAAAGGCAACACCCUGGCCUACCAGCACCUGGUGGUGGAUCUGAGUGCCAAGUAGACAUGUGAGAGUCAAAGAGAAAGGAGGUGUUUCUGAGCAUUUAUCAACACGUGCCAAAUAAAUGAAAGACUGCAAAAUGUUUAAGCCAUGUAACUAAAGGUCUGCUGAUGUUUUAAGCAAGGUAACUAAUUAAAUGAUUGUUUAAUCUAUUUUAUGCACUAUCCCUUAACAUCUGAAUGAAAUCAUGUUAUAAUUCACAGUAUCAGUAACAGGCCAACAUAAAUGUCAUGUCACUGCCUCUGUUCAGCUAACCAUAUCCCUUGGCCAAUGUCUUUCUUUUUUGGUAUUAUGUUGUAUAUUGUACUUUACUAAUGUGAAAAUGAAGUGCAUGUGCAUCUACUGAAUUAUUCACUGGAUGAGACUGGAUAUUGCAAGUGAGUGUAAAACUAUGGCGGUUAAGUUACAAGGUGUAAUUUAUCUGUGUAGCAUUUUGCAUGACACUGUACAAAUGAUAUAACUAUGUAAAACAAGCAAUAUUUAUCAUUGCAAUUCCUUAAAUCCUUGAUUAUGUUUAUAUGAGAGAUACCCUUAUAUGCCUGUUUUGCAUAUAAUGUUUUACUGCAUUAAUGACAUGGGGUCAGAGCUGGCCUGAGGCAUAAGCAAACUUAAGCAGCCACUUAUGGGCCCUCAAAUGAAAUGAAAAUGCAAACUAAUUUAAAUGUUGUUCUGUUCAUUUCCUCGCCAUAAUUUAAGUUUUCAUAGAUUUCCUGAUUUUGUUAUUGUGUCCUCCCAGUUCAGCAGUGGCAUUUUGGGAGAGAGAGGGCACCAUGGGAGUACUAAAGCAAAUUUGGGGAGUGGGGACUAUAACAAAUAAACCAUUUAGGGGACAUAACACAAAUUAUAGAGUGUAUAUUAAAGCUAUUAAUCAUAACCCUAUUCUGUGUUUUUAAAUGUACAGUCACAACCUGUAUUCAAUUGUUGCUGUGUAUUUUUGCACAUGGGCUGGGAAGUGGGCAGGGGGUAUUAUUAAAUCCUGCU